GAAUUUCCUUCAGUUUAGGAUAAUACCUUUCAGAAACAUGCCUUUUACCGCAAUCAGCUAAUCAGGUAUGUGAAUGGAGGGACCGGAUCGGCUUAAACAAACAGUUGCAAACCACAGCGGUCCUUAGUAGCAUGUUGGCGGCCGGAUAGAACGACAUUGAGAAAUUUAUCCUACAGCAACUAAUAAUGCUGAAGAUAAUAUAAUAAUGAGGAGGAAAAAAAAUCUAAUUCUUAAUAAAUCUGUCAAUGUCAAUCAUAGGGGAACUGUGGAACUGCAUUAUAUCAAUGUAGAAGUUGGGAGUUUCAAAGUGAAACAUCUUGCUGCUGAUCUAUGCAAUAACAGCAACAACGACGAAGACUUCGAUUUUUAAUUAGCAGUCUACUUUGAUCAGGUCCUGCAUACGAGUCGGAUUGUAUUUUUCUACUACAACCUUCGCCUACAAAACAUAGUCAGCAAUAACACAAGCCAGCAGAUGAUAGUUUGAUCAAAGAUAUUCUCCAUCUCCAUCUCUGUCAGAUUUCUUAGCCAGAAACGGGCAUGGACUCCAGCAACUUCGACGAAUUCUGGGCUUUCUAUAUGACCCAGCACUCCAAGCCCCUUACGCGCCUCUUGCAUUUCAUCGGCACCCUCUGCAGUCUCGUUUGUGUUCUUCUUUCUCGCUUAUUCAGCCCUUGGCUCAUCCUGCUUGCGCCCGUUAUAGGUUAUGGAGUUGCUUGGUGCAGCCACUUCUUCGUGGAGCGCAACAAGCCUGCGACCUUUGGCCACCCAUUUUGGGCGCUUUUCUGCGAUUUCAAGAUGUUUGGACUGAUGCUUACUGGUCGGAUGGAUGAAGAGAUUCAACGGCUUGGCAAGAGAUCUGCUUCGAAAGUCUUCUGAUUUCAAUCCCUGCCCUGUAGAAGAUUCUGUCAUCAUAAGAAACUUUUUAUGUUCUCGAAUGUUGCUAGCCGUGAAUUAUACGAUUGUGUUUGGCGCUUCGCAUGUCAGCGAAAAUAAACUAUGUAGACAAAAGAUCAGAAUAAAUUUGUGUAGGCAUAAUAUUACUUAAUGUGUUUUCUUCA